CCAUCUUCCAGGCUUUGACUACCACAGAAAUAUUGAAUCCACAGGUUUGCAUUUGAGUCCGAGGAUUACCUCAAUUUAAAACUAUGCCACACACACUAUCUCAUGUGUGGAUACAUUUCACCUCAGCCAGUGUGGAAGGAAAGGCUGCGUACAGUUGCAAAUACUGUGUAAAGCCAUAUGUUAAGAAUGCCACAAAGAUGCAACAGCAUUUAGCCAAGUGCCCAAAGUUUUCCUAGGGCUCAAAACAAGCAACCACGGCCAAGCGUUCAUCUGCUUCCAUUCUAAGUGAAAAUGAUUCAGAUUCAGACACCCUCUCUUUAGCUCCUGAUCACUCUGGAAUCAGAGGAUUUUUUGACUCAAUGGAUGAACGUAGCCAGAGAAAUGCUGAUGAAUGUUACUCGAGCAAUGUAUGCAACUGGCUCACCUCUGAUGCUCACAGCCAAUGCUUUAUCUAAUCAUUUGCUGGAUAGAGAGUUCCACAGAGUGCAAGCAAAGGUCAAGCAAACCAUUGACAAAGCAGACUGCAUUUCAAUCAUCUCUGAUGGGUGGCCGUAUGUCCGGGGACAAGGAAUUAUCAACUACAUUGUCACCACCCCACAACCAGUAUUCUAUAAGAGCACAGACACAAAAGGACAACAGACACACAGGCCCCUACAUUGCUGAUGAGCUGAAAGCAGUCAUCAAUGACCUUGGACCUGAGAAGGUUUUUGCACUUGUAACUGACAAUGCUGCGAAUAUGAAGGUUGCCUGGGCACACGUGGAGGAGACCUACCCACACAUAACAUCAAUUGGCUGUGCUGCUCAUGCUCUUAAUCUUCUACUUAAGGACAUCAUGACACUGAAUACAAUGAACACACUGUACAAGACAGCGAAGCAAGUAGUGAAAUAUGUGAAGGGCAAACAGGUAGCUUCAGCAAUCUACCUCUCUAAGCAAAAAGAAAAAAACAAGAACACCACACUGAAGCUCCCCAGCAUCACUCGAUGGGGUGGGGUUGUCAUCAUGUAUGACAGUCUGCUAGAGGGGAAGGAGUCUUUGCAAGAGAUGGCCAUAUCCCAGACUGCAGCCAUUGAAAGUGCCAUCAAGAGAAUCCUGUUGGAUGAUGUGUUCUGGGAAAGAGUGACUAGCAGCCUGAGAAUCCUCAAACCAAUAGCAGCAGCUAUUGCCAAGAUAGAAGGUGAAAAUGCAGUCUUGUCAGAUGUUAAAUGUCUCUUUGCUGACCUCAGAGAAGAAAUACAAACUGUCCUGCCCACUUCCCUGUUGCUGCAAGCAAAGGAAACUGCAGUGGUCAAAUUGAUGGGGAAGUGCCAAGAGUUCUGCAUGAAGCCAGUACACGCAGCAGCAUACAUGCUGGACCCAAAGUAUGAGAAAAGCAUACUCUCUGUUGAAGAGAUCAGCAGUGCUUACAGUGUUAUUACUGCCAUGUCUCACCAUCUGGGUCUUGAUGAAAGCAAAGUUCUUGGCAGUCUGGCAAAGUACCGCACCAAGCAAGGCCUUUGGGAAUGGGAUGGGAUAUGGCAGUCGUGCCAGCACAUAUCUGCAUGUACCUGGUGGAAAGGACUUUGUGGAUCUGAGGCUCUUGCACCUGUAGCCCUUUAUGAUCCUUCAAAUCCCACCAACAUCAGCCGCCUCUGAGCGCAACUGGUCACUGAUUGGGAACACAUACACAAAGGUUCGCAACAGGCUCACGAAUGCAAGGGUUGAAAAACUGGUGGUCAUCUGGGCAAACUUACGGCUCUUUGAGCCUGACAUAGAGCCAUCCUCAACAAGGCUGGACAGUGACACCGAAGGUGAAGAUGAGUCAGGUGUCGAGGAAGCGGAUAUGGAGGAUGUUGAUGAGGUCCAAGAAGAGGCCAUUGAGACCUGAAUGGAUUGAGAGGAAAAAUGCAGAAUCCAGAGACUUCAGAGAAGCUUGAGAGAAAAUGCUUGGAUUUUACAUUUUGAAUGGGACUUUUUUUUGGAAGGGAAAGGAUGCUUUCAUUAUACAGCAUUCAUUAGGAAAUAUGUUUAUUAAUUCAGCAUUUAUGCUUUUGUGUUGCACAAUGAAAAAAUUAAAGUUCCAC